AUGUCUUUGAUAUGCACCACCCCUGCUCUCUCUACUCAGAUAUCCUCUCCUUGGACCACUUUGGUGCCACUCCCUCCCAAGGACGUCGUUCUCAGCCUAAGAACAGGCAAGAUACGAAAUCUCGGAACCGCCAAGAUCCGCUCUGCCAUCAACAAGCACCCGCGAGACGGAAAAGUCCUACUGAACACAUUGGGAUUCGACGGAGAUGAACAGGCCCAUGAUACGCACGGAGGCCCAGACAAGGCUGUUAUGCAGUACUGCUCCCGUCACUAUGAAACGUGGAAUGAGGAAGCCCCCGGCCGAGCGCAUCUGUUUCAAAUUGGAGGAUUCGGAGAAAAUAUUUCGUCGGCGCACAUGAGCGAAGACAAUGUAUGCAUCGGCGACACUUUUCGUCUUGGAAGCGAGGUUAUUCUCCAGGUCUCGCUACCUCGACAGCCGUGUUUUAAGCUCAACCACCGAUUUCGGUACAAAAAAGCCUCCAGCUUGUCUCAAAACAGCGGGCGGACCGGCUGGUACUACCGUGUCAUAAAACCUGGGCACGUCGAAGUGGGCGACGAGUUGGAACUGGAAAAGCGCAUCAACCCAACAUGGUCCGUUUCUCGAGUCCAGAGCAUCUUGUACCAUGACACAAGUAACAGAGAGGCGCUGCUCGAGCUCUGUCAGCUUCCAGGACUUGCAGAGGAGCUUGUCCGUCUCUUUACCUCACGGCUCACAAAAGGGGUUGAAGACAUGAGUGGCCGCCUGGGCGCUAUUCCAAUGGAGUGGCGACCAUUCAAGCUUAUCGAAAAGACAAGCCUGACGCCGAGAAUUUGCAAGUUUGUCUUUGCUGAGGUGGACAAGGACCCAAACCAAGAUGCUUCGCUUCCCGCGUUUCCUCAUGUGCGGCUCAAGUUUGGGCCCGACUUUUGCUACACCCGAGCAUACUCGGUCGUGUCGGGCGACUUUGGCAAAUUUGAACUUGCCAUAGCCCGGGCAGACAGUCCUCGGGGAGGUUCUCGUUUCUUACAUCAAGACGCCAAGGUCGGCGACGUUCUUGAGGUAGCAAGUGGUAAAUCAUCGUCAAAACUUGACUCUACACAAGACCUCCAGACAACAAAGCAUGUCUUCGUCAUUGGUGGUAUCGGAGUUACUGCUUUCAUGUUAACGAUAAAGUCUCUUUUGGAUGCCUCGGCUUCGCUAGAGAUACACUACGCCGUACGCAGCCGUCGCGACGCCGCCUAUCUGGAUAAGCUACCUAGCCACUGCACAACGGUAUAUGCCAAAGACGAAGGUCGACGACUUAAUUUGGAUGCAGCUAUUCCUGCAUGGAAUGAAGGCCAUUCGCCCGUCAAGAUUUAUUCAUGCGGGCCGAAUUCAUUGCUCAGGGCUCUGAAGAAUCGCACGACGGCAUUGGGCUACCCAAGCUCAAGUUUACACUUUGAAUCAUUUGACGGAGCUGAAGAAGGUCCGAUGGAACCAUUCGAAGUCGAAGUCAACUCAACUAAGCAAGUCCUGCCCGUGCCAGCAAAAAAGUCAUUACUAGACGUGUUAAGGGAGGCAGGCUUCGACGUCGAAUCAUCAUGCACUGUUGGAAAUUGCGGAACAUGUAUGGUAGACCUGGUCAAGGGAGACGUUGACCAUCGCGGAGUUGCGCUUGAUGACGAGCAGAAGAAGAGCUUCAUGCUGAGCUGCGUGAGUCGUGGAAGAGGGAGAGUCGUUAUUGACUGUGAUUAG